AUGGCCAUGCCAGGGGCGGGGCUAAUGCGCUUCAGGUUUCAGUCUUCAAUUAGGUCCGCAGACACUGCAUAUAAGGAGAAGUGCCUGCGUCUGUCUUGCUACUGACGUCUGAGCUACUCCAGCUUAGUCAUGUCUGGUCGGGGUAAAGGUGGUAAAGGUCUCGGAAAAGGCGGCGCCAAGCGCCACCGCAAGGUCCUGCGCGACAACAUCCAGGGCAUCACCAAGCCCGCCAUCCGCCGCCUGGCCCGGCGUGGCGGCGUCAAGCGCAUCUCCGGCCUCAUCUACGAGGAGACCCGCGGGGUGCUGAAGGUGUUCCUGGAGAACGUGAUCCGCGACGCCGUCACCUACACGGAGCACGCCAAGCGCAAGACCGUCACCGCCAUGGACGUGGUCUACGCGCUCAAGCGCCAGGGGCGCAGGGCGCCAGUUUCCUACCAUGUCUGGACGCGGCAAACAGGGCGGCAAGGUAUGGCUCGCACCAAGCAGACGGCCCGCAAGUCCACCGGCGGCAAGGCCCCGCGCAAGCAGCUGGCCACCAAGGCCGCCCGCAAGAGCGCCCCGGCCACCGGCGGCGUGAAGAAGCCGCACCGCUACCGGCCCGGCACCGUGGCGCUGCGCGAGAUCCGGCGCUACCAGAAGUCGACCGAGCUGCUGAUCCGCAAGCUGCCGUUCCAGCGCCUGGUGCGCGAGAUCGCGCAGGACUUCAAGACCGACCUGCGCUUCCAGAGCUCGGCCGUGAUGGCGCUGCAGGAGGCCUGCGAGGCCUACCUGGUGGGUCUGUUCGAGGACACCAACCUGUGCAUUGUUGUAAGUAUGUCUGGUCGCGGCAAAGGCGGGAAGGGCCUGGGCAAGGGCGGCGCCAAGCGCCACCGCAAAGUCCUGCGCGACAACAUCCAGGGCAUCACCAAGCCCGCCAUCCGCCGCCUGGCCCGGCGUGGCGGCGUCAAGCGCAUCUCCGGCCUCAUCUACGAGGAGACCCGCGGGGUGCUGAAGGUGUUCCUGGAGAACGUGAUCCGCGACGCCGUCACCUACACGGAGCACGCCAAGCGCAAGACCGUCACCGCCAUGGACGUGGUCUACGCGCUCAAGCGCCAGGGACGCACGCUCUACGGCUUCGGCGGCUAAACUUGGUCCCUGUCUU